AUGGCGUUUCACAGAUCUCUGAGAAAGCUAAUUGCAAUCAAUAACCGUAAAACAAGAGCAUUCUUCACCGCCGCCACCGCCACCGCAGGUUCCGGUGGCACCGUUUCUCUGAUCCCACCGCCGUUGGUCUCACAUUUCUCUAACCGUUUAUCUCCGCUCUCUAACUGGUUCGCGCCUCGUAAUGGCCCUCUCUUCCUCUCCUCUCCUCCUUGGAAACUGCUCCAGUCCGCGACGCCUUUGCAUUGGCGAGGAAACGGCGCAGUUUUCAGGAAGGUCGAGGCUUUAAACCUUGGAUUGGAUCGAAUUAGGAGCAGAACGAGGUUUCCGAGACAGUUAGGAUUGCAGCAGUUGGUGGAGCAGCCAAACGUUGCGACGACGACGGUUGAUCGCGAUUUGUCGAAGGAGGAAGAAGGAAGUAGUGGGAUAUUCGAGAGUUUUGUGAAUGUGCCGAAUCUGAUAUCAAUGGCACGAUUAGUAUCUGGUCCUGUGCUUUGGUGGAUGAUCUCGAAUGAGAUGUAUACUCCUGCUUUCGUGGGGUUGGCUGUUUCUGGAGCUAGUGAUUGGUUAGAUGGUUACGUGGCUAGGAGGAUGAAGAUUAAUUCUGUGGUUGGCUCAUACCUUGAUCCUCUUGCAGACAAGGUUCUUAUCGGGUGUGUUGCAUUGGCAAUGGUGCAGCAGGAUCUCCUACAUCCUGGCCUGGUUGGAAUUGUGGUGUUCCGGGAUCUAGCACUCGUCGGUGGUGCUGUUUACAUGAGAGCAGUAAACUUGGACUGGAAGUGGAGAAGUUGGAGUGAUUUCUUCAACCUCGAUGGUUCAAGCCCUCAGAAAGUAGAACCAUUGUUUAUAAGCAAGGUGAAUACAGUUUUCCAAUUGGCUCUAGUCGCUGGCGCACUUCUACAACCCGAAUUUGGUAAUCUAGAUACCCAAACAUGGAUCACAUAUCUAAGCUGGUUAGUUGCUUCGACGACUAUGGGUUCCACUGCAGCUUAUGGAAUACAAUACAUGAAGAAGAAACCUAUCUCCAUGAUUAAGAGAUCAUAG